UCCGGUGGCCGCGUCUUUGUCUCCGAGAACGGGCCGGCCCCUUGCACGCCCUGGCCUCGGUGUCCACACAGCGCAGCGCAGGUUGCCCAGGGUGUUGCAGCUCGUUCACCGGCUUAAAAGCUGCUCCUUGUGUUCCCGAAUGGGCCGGCCGAGGUGACCCAGCUGUGAGCCUGUGCUUGCUUCAAGUGUUCCAGCAAGACAGACAGACAGUGAACAAAAUAGUUGCACGUAAUUGUUUACUCGCAUCUGUGGUCAGUGCUGGCAAAGGGAGUAGAGUGGGCAGGGGCCGCUUCCUCGGCCUCGGGCCCACCCGGGGAGGCUGCAGAACCGCCUCGUCUCUGUAAGGACCCGGUAGUUUCUGUGCUGUUGAGACGUCCACUUGGUACGACCCGGAGAACGACUUCGCGAAGCUCGGAGGCUCGCUGACCAGGCUACAGCAGGUUUUCAAGCCGGCUUUGAGGAAGGUCACCACCACAGACCCGACACCUUGCAAGGGUUAUUUUUAAGAAUGAAAGAUGUAGUGUGAGGCCAGCCGCAUCACCCCAGCUGCCCAGAGAAGGGAGUGGACCCUGGCCAAGCUCCUGACCCCAGCCCUCUGCCUGUGCUCUCUUCUUCCUCUGGCUCUCUGUCCCCUUCUAUCCACCAAAUCAAAGGGCACUGAGUGCCCACCUGUUCCAGGUUGCUUGUCUGCUGGUUCCUGCGGAGAUGGGCCUGUCUGCGGAGGAGCUGAGGCAGGAGCUGGAGGUCACAGCCCAGGAAGUGCUGGGGAGACUUAAGAGUCGCCACCUGUUCCAGUCCGAGUGGGACACUGCUGCCUUUGUGGUCUUCCUCAUCUUCGUGGGCACCGUCCUGUUCCUGCUGCUGCUGGUCACUGCCCACUGCUGCUGCCACUGCUGCUGCCCCUCCCCCAGGAAGGUGAAGGAGAGACCUCAGGGAGUGGACAACUUGGCUCUGGAACCUUAAUGCCUCUCCCUUGGUUUGUGUCCUGCUGGUGAUGGUAACAAAGCUUAUGUCUGCCCAGA